UCCGUCUCGUCGUCUCUCUGCAGACAUGUUGGAAGAGACGCUCCCGCUCGCCACCGUGACUGUGCUGGCUGUUCUAGAGCAAGCUUAUUUCUCUCUGCAGGUGAUUAACGCCAGGAGGAAGUUCUCUGUGUCGGCUCCGGCCACGUCCGGUCCACCGGAGUUCGAGAGAGUCUUCAGAGCUCAAACAAACUGCUCCGAGUAUUUCCCCAUCUUCAUCAGUGUCCUGUGGACGGCCGGAGUCUUCUUCAGCCCAGGUCUGUCCUCGGUGUGCGGGCUGCUGUAUUUAUACGGACGUUUCCGUUACUUUCAUGGAUAUUCUGAGUCGAGUCAGGGACGGCUGGCUCCGCUCUACUUCAGCGCUCAUGUUCUCUGGGCUCUGAUUGGUCUCUCGUCUCUCGGCAUCGUCCUCUCGUUCUUCAGAUUUUACCUGGACUUCCAGCUUGGCUCCGCCCUCAACCUGUUCUGAAGGAGCAGCGGGAAAAAGAGA